AUUUUUAUAAUAAAUAGACUCUAGACUAAAUAUAAAAAGUAAUUACUAGUCAGUUUAAUUGUCCAUCAGAACGCAAAAAAAUACUCACGAAAUAUAAUUUAGUUUUUAGUAAAAAUUAAUGGUUAUAAAUUAAAAUUGGUUAUAGUUAAAAAUUAAUGGGAAUAGUAAACCUACUAUUCGAACAGUUCAGUUUGAAAAUGAACGUCACACAGAUUUUCUUAAUAUGUUGUGUUACUUUUCAAUGUGUUUUCGGUGGCAGAUUAUUGGGAAUUUUUCCUAUUCCCGGUGGAAGCCAUUAUAUUUUGGCUAGUAGACUGAUGAAGGAACUUGCAAAGGACGGACACCAUGUGACAAUGAUUACUCCUUACCCUACAAAAGGAUUGGAAAAGGAGUUUUCGUGGGAUGAUAUUGUUAUUGAAGGGCUGGCUGAUCAUUAUUUUGCAAUGUUCUCAAAAAUAAACAUUUUCGAGGACAGCAACCGUAGCGCCUUCCAACGGGUAGCCUCUUAUCAAGACCUGAUGAUGCAUUGGUUAAACGAAACGUUGUACCACCCCAAGGUUAGGGCUCUUAUGACCCCAGAUACCAAGUUUGACGCGGUGGUCAUGGAGGACUUUUUCAAUGACGCACACAAAUAUUUUGCUUAUCAUUUUCAAUGUCCAUUAAUCCUGAUGUCCUCCAUGGGUCCAAUACCAUGGGUUAACAACAAGGUGGCGAAUCCCUCUCCACCUUCCUAUAUUCCGCAUGCCUUUUAUGCGGGCGAUUUCGACCCAAAGAACUUUUGGGAUAGAUUUUUUAACUUUUGGGAUUACGUAAUUGACCUUGCAAUCGAUAAUUUCUAUUUCAAGCCUCUCCAUAAUGACGUACUCCAAAAAGCUUUUCCAGGAGCACCGAGAGUGCAAGACCUGAACGAGAAUGUAUCUUUAAUACUAUUAAACUCCCAUGAAAGUCUUUUGCAGUCAGUACCUCUGGUACCAAGCAUGGUGCAAAUUGGGGGGUACCACGUGGAUGCUCCAAGCCCUUUACCUAAAGACUUAAAGGAAGUGUUAGAUAAUGCUAAGGAUGGAGUGGUCUAUUUUUGUAUGGGGAGCAACAUAAAAGCGAAAGAGAUGGACGUUAAGAAGAAACAAGCUUUCGUGAAUGCACUGGGAAGGUUAAAGCAGAAGGUGUUAUGGAAAUUUGAAGACACAAAUAUCACUUUGCCUAAGAAUAUUAUUGUGAGGAGUUGGAUGCCUCAGAAAGAUAUUUUAGCACAUCCCAACGUAAAACUCUUCAUCACCCACAGCGGCUUCCUCAGUACCAUCGAAACAAUUUACCAUGGAGUUCCAGUAUUAGCAAUUCCAGUAUUCGCCGACCAGUUUAUGAACGCGAAAAAAGCAGUUGCUUACGGUUACGGGUUAAAAUUAGCUUACAACGAUCCUAAUUUUAGUGAGGAGGCUCUAAGUGCCUUACUGGAUGAACUCCUGACCAACCCUAAGUACCAUGAGACUGCUAAGUUUAGGUCAAAAUUAUACCACGAUAGACUUGCCACUCCUAUAGAAACUCUAAAUUAUUGGGUGAAUUAUACCUUAAGAUAUAAGGGAGCAAAGCAUUUACAAGUUGCGGGGGUGCAGUUACCGUUACAUCAAUAUUUGCUGUUGGAUGUUGUGGGAUUUAUGGUGGCUGGACUGGUUUUCAGUUUGUGGAUUGUGUUGGUGCUGUUUAAGAGGGUUCGGAUGAUAGUAAAAACUGGGAGUAAACAAAAAACCCAAUAGAACUAUUGUUAGUUUAGUAGUUAAUGGUUUUAUAAAUAGGCUAGAAUCAUUUUAAUAAGAUUGUUUACGAUACUGUGUAUUUUUUUAUCUUAUUUUAUAUAUAUGCCAGGCUUUUUUACAAGCA